CACCACCAAACCAGAGAAUUAAUCAGUCACAAUGGCAAAGCUUGCAAUCCUAGCACUUGCUCUCUUGGCCCUGGUUGCCCUCAGCCAAACCUCCGCCUUCCGCACCACCAUCACCACCACCGUGGACGAGGAAAGGGAGCCCCGAGGAGAGUCCCAGCAACAGCGGUGCCGUGAGCAGUUCCAGAAGCAGCAGCAGCUAGGCGACUGCCAGAGGUACCUGGCGCAGCAGGCACGGAGAUUUGCAAACCCAAAGCGCCGCGAGCAAGGCCUCGACGAAUGCUGCGACCAGUUGGAGAAAAUGGACCAGGACUGCCAGUGCGAGAACUUGAGGGAGGCGAUUAGGCAGAGGCAGCAGCAGGAGGGAGAGAAGAGGGGAGAGGAGAGGAGACAGAUGGAACAGGCGGCCGAGGACUUGCCCCAGAGGUGCGGUCUCAGCUCAGAGAGAUGCCAGAUUGAAGCUAAGUACUUGUUCUAAAUGAGUUGUGUCGUGUUGUGUGCAAUCUAAUAAUAAAUUUUAGCCUAGUUAUGAUGGUGGUGGUGGUGGUGACCAUCUAGUAAUAAGGCACACUAUCGUGUGUGUAUCUUAUGACUCUGUGUUUUUUUAUUUUUUGGAAGUGUUUUCAGAUUAGAGGUUUUGUAGCUAUAACGAAAUAAAUAAAAUAAAUAAAAUCUAGUUUAA